GCUGCACUUCCGCUGAAUCGAGUGCAGCAGCCCAAUCGAAGACACCUACGAGAUCACGUGGGGUGCCAUCCACCAGCAAUGGUGUGUCAUCUGCUUUGAUGGCUUACAGCAGCGAGCGCUGUUGUGGUUCAACAAGGCUUGGACUCCGCGCAAACUAAACGGAAGACAAAACCGCUUCCGAGAAACAGGUUGAGAUGAGCCAAGUGGAUCUGAAAGUUGUGCUUUUAGGAAAGGAAUACUGCGGAAAGACAAGUUUAGUGGAGCGGUACUUAUACGAUCGUUUUAAUGGAACGGCGCCGUACCAGAACACAAUUGGAGCAGCAUAUGGCGCUAAACAAGUUCUCCUAAGGAACAAAAAAGUCACCCUCGGAAUAUGGGACACCGCGGGCAGCGAGAGGUACGAAGCCAUGAGCCGCAUCUACUACCGCGGAGCCGGUGUGGCAAUCGUGUGCUUUGACUUGACGGACAAAGCGAGUUUCCAGAAGGCCAAGAAGUGGGUCUCGGAACUCCGUAAACACGAAGAGAAGUGUCGCGUCUUUCUCUGCGGAACAAAGAAGGACCUCAUCGACGACGGUCAUCAAGCGAGAGCCGUCAACUAUAGCACCGCCCUGCAGUAUGCGGAAGAGCUAGAAGGCUGCCUCUUUGAGACCUCCAGCAAAACUGGAGAGGGUGUCGCGGAACUCUUUAGUCAAGUAGCCCAAACUUAUGCGUCUUCAACAUCACCGUUCACUAGAUCAGGUUCCAAGCUGAAACUCGAAGAGCCCCACCCUGCAACUCGCAACUGCUGCUAAUGUCACCAGCCCAGCCCUCGUCGAGGAACUUGGGUGAACCCUGCAUUUCCGCAACUGAAGAGGCCCGCUUAGUAGCCCCCGCAGACUUUUGUAAGGACACCUCCCCACGUUUUAGAAAUCUUGCAUCGAUUCCGAAAGCUGCAAAGCGCAACAGGCCAUGUCACAUGCGCACGGCCGGCAUGCCUGGCGAAUCACGCUUCCCCUUCUCCAGCUGGCCGACAAUACGGUCCAGCAUGCCCCUGUGGUGUAGCUGCAGUGCCUCGUGUCCGUACAGCCAAGCCAGCAGCGGCGUCAUGGAAACCGUAAACGUGUCCCGUAGCUGUGUGCCGCCGCUCCUAGCAUGCGGGGCGGCAAAGGUCGUGACGCUCUUCGUCGAAGCUGCAAGCAAUGAACCAAAGUGAACGGCUGUGUCCGUUUAGUUAACCAGCAGUGCCCUUUACCGCAUAGUAGGUGGAAUUUGCAGAAGGAGGCAGUCGUCGUGAUGCGGAAACUGGCGGCGUCCGCCGGCUCGACGACGUAGUGGGCGGUUCUGGCGAGGAUUCCGUAGGGCGAGAGCCGUUCGUUGAGCAGGACGUCGUACUCCCAGACGGGGUGGCUGCCUCCGCUCGACUGGAUCGUGAAGUCGAUGCUGCGGAUUAAUAUUUUUACUUAUAUGGGACGUUGUAUAAUGACAAUAAAUAUCUUAUUUUUUGCAACCACA